UGUACUCUUUCUACGCUUCUACGUACUUAUUAUUCUCUCUUUAUUCUUGGUGUCUGUGUCAGCCAACAUAUUAUUAACCCAUUGCAUAAUGCAUAAAUGAAAGUAAAAACGUUCAUUCUAGAUCUUUAGGUUUCGCUUAGCACAGAUCGGAAACGUAGAGUUUUCCUUAUUUUUUUUAAAUAAAAUACUGAAAUCCAAGUAUGGAACGCUCUCCAGUAUCACUCACCUAGCGUUAUUUUCUUCUUCAAAGGUUAAUCAAAGAUGAGAGUGACAGAAAUUAAUGUCGUGUGUCUGCUCUUCGCAAUAUUCGCAAUAUCCGUGGUGUCUUUCCCGAUAGAUUUGUUUAAUACAGAUUCACAGAAACUCAUAAUUCCCCGUCCAAACAUUCGGCCCGGGAUCUGCAAGGAAAAUAUUGGGAAUGACAAUAUUACAAACAUCAAGUGGUUUCGGUACCACAAUGACACCCACAAGUGUUAUCACAUAGAUGAAAGAGGACCAUGUGGGAAAUUAAUGUUGUUUUACGGGAUUGGUGAUACGGACUAUGGCGAAUGUGACUGCAAUUUAUAUUACCGCUGCGCCCGACCAAUUAUUUACUGGGCUCCUGCUAAACGUUGUUACUACACAAAUGAUCAGGGUCCAUGUGGGAGUCAUGAAUGGUUGAUUUUGAACGGUACCCAACAACCGACAUGUGAGCUUAAUCCCUGCCGACAAAAUAUCUCGACCGACCCAUCGACAUAUGACCGAUAUUGGUUUGAGGAGGAUGGGCAAUGCUACCAAACAUUGACAAUGGGAUACUGCAAAAAUGCGCAAGAACUUCUCUAUCCGAAAUGGAAUGAGUACAAGCCUAGUUGCAAUAUUGGGAGGAUUUGCAACGCUAGAAAUGUUCGAAGCUCUACAAACGAAUCCAGUCAUUGUGUUCCAGGACAAAAGAGAGAUCAAGAAGACAAAUGUAGACCUGUUACUCGAUUCACUUACUGGUUCAGAUCGGCGUUCUUCUUGACAUAAGCACAAAUAAUUAAUAUUUAUUUAUUUUAAAGUUCUACGAAAGUCUGUGCUACAUGUGUACACAUAUAUCUAUAUCGGAGUAAUUAUCUAAAUGGGCUCCAUAAUGUGCUAAAUAUGUACAGCCAGCAAUUCAGUUAAAAACAGAUAUAGUAAUCUACAAUCAUCAAUUAAAUAUGCUUAUGCCCGUCAUCUAUGGAAUUAUUUUUAAUGCGAAAUUAAUAAAUUGAUUUAUCGUGAUAAUAUAAACGAA